UACUGCUCUAACCUAUUUUUCAAAUAAAUUCAUUCAAAAUACAAAACUUCCAUGUUUUGGAAUGAACAAAAUAUGUCUUGCCCAGGAUGGUACUGUGGAAAAAUUCAAUUAGACGAUGAUAAAUUCAGUGAGUGCGGGUCAUGUCCCAGAGGCUACAGAAGAAACGACCUGACAUUCAUUUGCGAGCCUUGUACAGAUAGUCCUCAACUUUAUGACUGGUUGUAUUUAGGGUUUAUGGUACUGAUUGUAUUAAUACUUCAUUGGUUUUUUAUCGACAUGAUUGCUAUGCGAAGAAGUUUCAGCGUCUAUGUUUUAAGCUUGCAUUUCACAGCUCUAAUUGAAGUUCUUCUAUCCUGUAUUUUAGCAUUGUUACUUACAGACCCUAUAGGGAGCUUUCAGAUUUACAGUUGCCCAACAAAAUCAUUAUCUGAUUGGUAUACAUUGUUUCAUAAUCCUACUCCAAAUUAUGAUGAAAAAGUGUAUUGUACACAAGAAGCUGUAUAUCCUCUGUAUACUAUAGUGUUUCUUUUUUAUAUAUUGUCCUUGGCGUUCAUGUUGUUAAUAAGACCAUGGGUUUGCAAAAAGUUUUUUUCAAAAAGAGGAAAAAUGUCUAUAUACGCUGCUAUGUAUUUUAUACCCAUUUUAGCUUUAACUCACGCAGUUAUAGGAGGCUUAAUUUAUUACGCUUUUCCAUAUUUGAUCGUGAUUAUAUCAGUGAUAUCAUCUGCCGCACAUUUUGCAGUUAAAAUAGAACAAAGUGUUACAGCAUUGAUCAGAACUACUGUGACUCAACCGAGAAACAUCGUUAUUCUCCUAGGACAUUGGUGUCUCCAUGCUUACGGAAUAAUUUCGAUAACUCAGUUGAAUCAACCAUUACUCCAUAGUCUUCUUAUGUUACUUGUGCCCCUUCCAGCAUUGUUUUAUGUAUUCACUUCCAGAUUUACAGACCCUGCAAAAUUCUACUUAUAGCAGAAAGUUAACACUAUAACCACUACGAGUGUAAGGGAUGAAUCUGGAAACUACGUUUUAACUUAUACUUUUGGUAAUAAUAAUAACAAUAAUAACAAUAGAGCUGGC